GUCAAACAGCUGCAAAUCGUCGGAGUCCUCCGCUUUCCUUCCACCCACGCCACCGCAGAGUAGAGGAUCUCUUCUGAGAUACGUACGAGGGAGGGAGCUAACGCCUGCGUGCGGUUUUGCUUGCUGCUACCGGCCGAUGAAAAAAAUAGCGCAUUACAGAAUAUGCUACUAGCGGCGCUAUAGCGUGCUAUUUUUUUCUGCGGUUUAACUUCAUCGAGAAUAGAGGAAUCAUCAGCCACCUGCAACAAUGGACCGUCCUGCCUGCAACACACGCCUUAAUUAGAGAACCCUCAUCGGAUUGAUCUGGGGGCAUGGAGGCGAAUAAAGCUGAUAGCAGCAGUUCCCACAGCCAACAAAUAGAGGGUGAAGACAGGCUAAGCGCGUUGACCGACGAUGUUUUACUGUUUAUCUUGGGAAGAGUCGAUACACGUACGACUGCAAGGACAAGUGCGCUCUCCACACGGUGGAGUCAUCUGCCUUGGCUGCUGCCUGAGCUCAGCAUCGAUGUCAAGGACUUCCUAUCUACCCCACACCUGAAACCUAUCAAGACGAAGGAUAUGGAGGAAGCAAUGGCAUCUGUAGCGAAAGCCACCAGGAGUUUCUUGGUUAAGCCACGGAGAGAAUUUACCAUCUCAAGUCUGCACCUUAAGCUCUACUUUAUAAACACUUUCUUGUUCGAAGUUGGCCUACUUGUAGGUGACACAAUCAACAGUGGUUCGUUGAAAGAUUUAGAUCUCGCCAUUCUCGAUGAGAAAGAUUCUUUGGAAUGCAGUGAGGAGGAUAUGCUGCAGCGAGCGCAAGAAAUAUAUUUUCUUUUCACUGCCCACCCUAGUGUGCUCAGCUGCCUCACAAAGCUCUCUCUACAAAAUGUAGACUUUGACAAAUUGGACAUGCACCAUAUCAUCUUUGACUGCUGCAAGCAACUAAAGCAUCUAAGCCUCACUGAGUGUGAUAUUGGUGGUGAUGUGUAUCCUUUUAAGAUUGAUGCACCAAACUCAAAACUAUGUGUUCUAGAGCUCACUAAGUGUGGCUUUAGGAAACUUGAGGUGGUCUGCCUUCCAAAAUUGGAGAAGUUCAAUUUGAAUUCUUGGCUUUUUGACUAUGUGCCAUUGGUCUUUGGUUUUGUCCCGUCUCUUGGAGAAUUAGAACUCAUAAGUACGCGAGGGUGUUAUGAGGAACUUAAGUUAAGUGAGCUUCUAUAUGGAACCACAUACAUACAUACUCUCACGUUGGAUUUCGAAGGAGAAAAUCUUUGGAUGCAACCUGAAAUGAGGCAGCUUUGCCCAGCUUUCAACAAGCUAAGGAAGUUGUUUGUGCAUGGUAUCUUUGUUGAAUUUGACAUUUUAUGGACGAUGGCCUUUCUUGCAGCGGCACCAUCUAUUGAGAUGUUACAUAUUGAGGUAUGGGACCAUGUAUGCGAUGUGGGUGAAGUGGAAGACAAUUAUAGACGACAGAACAACACCGAAAGAAGGACUCCUCAGUGGGAUGUGGACUUUAACGACACCAAGAAUUGGAUUUUGAAAGAGCUAGAAUUCAUUGGCUUCAGGUCAGUAGAACAACAAUUUACAUUCAUAAGAUCUGUGUUGCAGCGAUCUCCCAACUUGCAUAAGAUAGUUCUGAAAAGAGAUGAUGAAUGUGACUUAUGUUCUACUCAUGGUGCACUGCCUUCAAAAUUCCCCAAGAAGGAUGAACAAGAAAUGAUCAUGAGGCGAAUUAGAGACGACACAUUCUCGCCCCAAAUAGUUUUUGAUGAGUAUUCUGAAAGGAGACGAAGAACCUUUGGAAUUUGCCAAGAUGGAUGAGGGAGAAAUGGUCAUCAGGAAAAAUUAGAGAUGGCAUAUUUCUCGCCUCAAAUGUUUUUUGAUGGAUAAAUUGUAGCAAGGCAUAUAUUUCUCGCCUCAAAUGUUUUUUGAUGGAUAAAUUGUAGCAAGGCAUAUAUCUCAUGCCAAAUAAUGUUGAUACGUAAGGUGUAGGAAAC